GGCCCUGGUCGUCUGAUUAAACGAUAGGAUGCAUUUGAGUGGGGAGGAGGCAACCCAUAAAAGAAGGGCUGGGAGAGAAACUGCUUCUUGCUGACCGGGAGACGGGGGGUGGGGAGAGCCGGAGAAGCGGAAAAUAAACCCAAACCAACCCGCUCAGUCUCUGCCACCCCCCGGUGCAGGGAGAGAGCAGCUUUCCAAAGCACCCAUAUAAUGUGAACGUCCUCUACCAUGAAGCUUUUCCUUUGGGCGGCGUUUCCUCUCUUGCUUUAUUCUUUCCAGCCGGGAAAAGCGAGUGGGGAUGCAGCCCCCGCCGGUUUACUGACUCUGAACUCGGAUGGAGUAAAAGAGGAGGAAGGAGCAAGUUCUUUUCCUGCAGAAGCACAGCCUCAGAAGUCAGUGCAAGAUCUCUCUUGGCGAUCAAUCUACACCCCAGUGAAAAGCUGCCACAAGAACCUAACAGAGAAACAUGGUGAAUUUUCUCCCCCGUCGUUCCCGAACGGUUUUGAAGGAACUGUCUGGUGUAACUGGACUGUCUGGGCAGGCUCUCGAAAACACAUCGUUAUUUAUAUUAAAGGUUUUCUGAGUGGCGAACGCUGUGAUGUGAGUGACGAUAAGAUUUUCUUUCACGGAGUCUCUUCCCUGGUAGAGGACGCCGUGAUCUACGCCUGUUGGCAGAAAGAGGUUCAUGUUUUUGCCACUUACGCUAAAGGUGUCAACGUGGUCCUUCUCUUGAGGUAUUCUGCUCAUCUCAGGAAAGAAAAAUUUGUAGGCAAAUACUAUAUCUUCAAGCACCGAGAAACAAAGAAUUCUCCCAAGGGUGUCGUUGACUCAUCUGAAAUACUGUUUCCUGAGCUAUCUCGCUUGGUUCUCACCAGCCUUCCUCAGUCUGAGAAAGAGGCUUUUCUCUCAGUGUGGGACAGUGUGAAUACUAGUUUAUCCGCAAGUCAUAGAACCAACCGAGUGAAUGAACUUAGCGAAUCUUCGUCAGCAAGAAGAGAAGUUGUAAGAGUUGCAGACCGCCCAAGUUUUGUUUGGGAAGUGACAGACACUGAACACGUAUUACCUCAAAGUCCAAGUUUGAUGUCCAUGUCCUCCAUGGACAACAGAAAAUUUCCUUGCAGUUCUGAAACAUUAAUAGAAAUGAGAGGACAUACGAGCUGGGGCCACCUCAGCGAUUCGACUGCUCCUUCAAAUGUCCUUUCAUAUGUUCCUUAUCUAAGUUCAUCACCCCUAAUCAAACCUUCCAGCCCUAUAGAAGGAUCAGCACUUCUAAGUACUAGUUGGUCGGCCUUUGUUAUGAGUGAUCCUCAGUUGGGUGGCAAAAAGUCACAACAGAUACAUAUCUCGGAUACUUAUCCUCUGGCUUUGUCUCACAGCUUGGAGGCCACCACAGAAGUGAAUAGUGAAUUUAUCUCUACUCACCGUGUGGAAGAAGUUAUGUCAACAAACUUCCAAAAUGUCAUGCCAGUUCCUGAAGGAGUGAGCAGAGAUGCCCCUGUUUUUGAGACUGCCCCGCUACUUACUCCCGAACAGAACUGGAUCAGAACAGAGAUUCAGGGUGACUCCUUUCUUCUUCUGUCCAAGACCCUAGAACAAGGCCAGCCUAGCAGGCAAUCUGGUAGUCCUGAGAGGAUAUUGAGUGGUGAUCGUUAUAGGAGCAAGUGGGAAAGUAGAACUGCUCUAGUCCCUGAGGAAAGCACUAUGAUGUCGGAUACUAGACCCAUUUUAGAAAGCAGCAUGGAAGUCAUUGACCUGCUCAAGACCAACUGGGAUAUCACGGCGCCGUGUGAUUCACCAUGUGGAAGAUUUUCCCCAAAGACAAGAAGCAACUCCAAUGAAGCAUUUGGUACUAUAGAAAACACGUUACCCGUAGCCACUGAAUUUAUCACCAGUGCUGAUGUUUCCCUGAACCUAGCUACCGAGAUGCUGGGUGAAUCACACAAGACUAACUGGGAAGGACAGAGUAGCUACUUUGGGGGAAGAAGAACUAAACCAGAGCUGCCUUUUUUCCUUGAUGAAGCCGCAAUGGCUCCUACCAUUCCCCCGGAACCAGAAUUUUUCACAUUCAAUCAGGAUCGUGGCCUGUCUUUAAAGAUAAAACCCACUCUUCCUUUUCCUGAUAUAGAAGUGGAGCAUUCGCUCCCUCAUGGUUCCAAAGCAUUCUUUUUAUUAGCUAUUCCUGACCGAGAGCCAACCCCUUCUUACGUAGGUUCUGUUCUUUUCCCAUCGAUGGUGCUCACCCAUCCAUUGUCAUUCGUAGAACCAGACAGAAUGCUUGAUCUCCCUGAACUGAGUUCUUUUGUCCUCUCAGAAACAACACAAGCCCUUUCUUUAACUGUUGAGAGGCCGAGGGCUAUCACCUCAGGGCUAGAAUUUGACUGUAGUGAAACGGCGGCCAUUUUGCAAACAGCUACAGAACUGGAGAAUGUUCUUUCUCCCAGUGUUACGCUCUUGGAGCUUGCUGUGUCCCUGACAACCAUGUUAAAUUCUCUAGCGAAUGAACAAACCAUGUCUGCUUUCUACACUGUUGAUGAAAUUACCUCUUCUUUGGGGAUGCUAACGGCAAAUGCAGUUAAAUUGAUGAGCUCUUCGACUUCUUGCUGCGAGCAUGCUGCCAAAGAAGAUCUCUCUCUUCUUACAGUUCAGCCUUCUGGGUCAGUUGAUCCCACGGUGGGAGUUCCAACUCGUAGUUUCUCCGCUGCAGAAUCAGAAUAUCUUUUCCCAAACCCCAAGAUGGCGUUUACCAAACAGCAGUUACUGGAAGGAAAAAAUGACAAUUUCAUCACAGCACCUGAAGAAGAAGAUGAGAAGGCUCUCUUCUCUGUUGCGGUCAAACACUUGGACUUGUUUUCUGAGACCCAACCAUUUCCAUCCCUCAGUGGAUUUACAGAAAACGGACAAUUUCCUCAGAACGAAUCAGUCACUGAGAUGACGUCCCUUGCAUUUGUGCCAGUUACAGGUGAAGAGAAGAGUGCAAUGGAUUGCACCUUUAUCUCUCACACAACAGUUACCUCAGUCUUGUCACAGACCAAAAUGCAGACCCAAGCUGUGUUUCCCAGUCCCUUAAAAUCAGUAGAUGAUCCAACAGGACCCACAAAGAGGCCUCAAGAAUGUUGGGAAAGGCAACGGAGCGUGGAGUGGCAAAAGACUGUCCUGGAAAUUACCGUUGCCGAUAUUAAUGUACCAGAAACUCACGUCAAGGCAGUACCUCAGAAGAACACUGAAGAGCCACAAACUCCUCAACUGCCUUCGGACGCUGAGAACAAAGUAGUUUCCCAAGUGCCUUGGAAUGAUAUUGAGUGGGGAUUCCCCUGGCUGAUGGUGUAUCUUCCCGUCAAGAGCUGCCACGUGACAUUGACGGGCGAAGCGGGAACCUUUUCUCCUCCCCCUUUCAGCAGCAUUCAGGCCAAUCACUGGUGCAACUGGACCAUCUGGGCGGGCCCCGACAAACACAUCUUGAUUUACAUCGAAGGGUUCGAGGGGAAGCCGGGCUGUGAAGAGAAUCAAGAUAAGAUUCUGUUUCAGGGGGUCACGUCGAGACCAGAGAACAGAGUCACUGACGCCUGUCGAAACCACGGGACUUUGGUCUUUGCUACCCAGGCGGUGGCUGCCCGCGUGGUGUUUUUAUCGAAAGCGUCGCCUCAAAUCGACGGCCCUAAACAUUUUAAAGGACGGUAUUAUAUAUUUGAAGAUUACCAAACCUCAGCUUCCGCAGACGGCGAUGCCCUUCCUGAAGCUUUGGAAUCUGGCAGCCGUCACGGAAUUCCGUCCUACAAAAUUCACUCGAGACGUAUUUCGGACUUUGAGAAGACGGGCCGGAUUCCUAGCGAUGUAAACAUCCGGCCGGUGAGUCGUGAAGGAAGACGGAACAAAACCAACACUGCCUCAAGCUUGAAAGCGUUACCAGAACCAGCUGUUAGUAACUACCCUAUAGUUUCUUUCUCCAAAUCCACAGCCAGCACUCUCGAUAUGAAGGAGAUAGAGGUUAUCAAACCAGCAGCUGAUGAGCAUCGAACUGGCAGUUUAAAGAAAACUGUAGCCUUGGGUUCAAAUGGUUUGGAGGGUAAAGAAAAGGCUACUCUAUCUGCGGCCUCUUCGUAUGACUCCCAGAAGUUCAGAACAAAGACUAAUUUGAUGACGGCAGGAAUUAUCACAACAUCUGCUGGCCCUGGAAAAAAUGGCCAUGCACCCGUACAUCAGAGGCCAACAUACGAGAAAGAUAUUGGGAGAGCAAAAUUUGAAAGAUCCGGCUCCCCAAGCUGGGUAACUUUUCCGCAAGUCUUUUUAAGAGAGCAGAGACUUCCAGUUUCCCCUCCUAAAAGUAUUCCAGAGGAGGAUACUCACCUGGUCCUUCAGCCAUGGCCAUCUAAGACUGAGAUCUCAAAGAAGGUUUCCAAUGUGGUGGAGUUUCAACAGGUAGAGAUAAAAGAAGCGGCUGGAGGAGAGCGGACGAGCGGCCAAGUCGUGAGAGAAGGAAACGGGGACAGCUACGUGGCUGGAAGAAGUAGAUCUCAUAGCACUGAACUGCUCUCUGUAAACGUGCCAGACAAGUCCACAAUGAAACCAAGGCCCCACCUGACCACCUCGGCCCAUCCGAAGGUGUUUCGUGUUGUUUCUUCUCUGAACGUCCUUAAUAGCGACCUUAUGGGCAUCACCACCACUUCACAGUCCCAGGUUGUUCUCCCAGACAGCGUGUUUGUUUUCAGACCUGAUGAAAAUGAUUCUAUCCUGGAAUCCCAGCACAAACCCGGAGAUGUUUUACUUGAAGUAACUUUUGGCAUUGAGCACCGAGGAUGGAUCCCACAGGAUGGAAGUGAAUUGGAAGAAGACCUCAUCAAAUCAGUGAAGAUGCAGGUACGAGAGAAGGUGAAAUUCCUCUCCAACAAAGUCAAAGAAAUCAAGUUGAAGGAAAUUAAAAGGAAGGAAAGGAGUGGAAGGAAAAGAAUAAAUGACCCAAACCUGAUAUUUACCUUCUGGCUGCACCUGGUGCCAGAAGAAAAGAACAUCUCACACUUCAUACAUUCUCAGCUGGAAGGCCUUGAUGGUACAGCCACAGGAUCUGGAAGGAUUCAGCAGGUUUCGGUGGGAGAUGUGAACGAAUGCAGCUCCGGGAUUGAACUCUGUGGCGAGGAGGCAAUCUGCCUCAACGGAUACGGCACGUAUUUCUGUCAGUGUAAAGAAGAAUAUGAGGACCAAUCUGAGAAUAAGUCGGGGACCCUUUGUGUCCGAGUUCCAUUCUCUGGCCUUCGCUUCUUGUACAGCUACAUGGAGAUUUUUGUCGGAGUCACCGUUUUUUUCAUGGCUCUCAUCGUCGUGGCGACAAGCGUGCUGUGUGCCCUCCUCAGGAAGAAACAGACAAAGAAGGACUUAAGCGUCCCGGAGAUGGCUUCACCCAAUACCCACGUAGCUCCGCCUUCGCAGUCCGUCGCCUUUGACCUGGAUAACGUCGGCGAUCUCCUUACUUUGGACCCCGCCCGUUUAAAACUCCGGGCCAGAUCACCGGAAUGGUCCCUGGAGCUCGGAAGCAGCCCCACUGAAGCCUGCAAGGUGUUCAUGGAGCAGUCUGAACGUUUGUGAGCGAGAGAGAGACAGCAAUACGAAUUGCAAAUCCCUUCUUUUUCCCCCUUAUUGAAACUAACUUUUUUUUUAUUGCUGGACAGCUGAUGCGACUUCUUGUUUCUGGGCAAAUAAAUCUUAAUAUUUUUGUAUGGCCCAUUUUUCCCCCCUGCAUCUUGUUAACUCCUGUAGGGGUUUCUUUUCUCCCCCUUAAGAUAGUUUUUGGCGAGUGCAUUUGUCUUGCUUGAUAUGCAAAAAUGGGAAUGGAUCACAGACGCGGUUGUUAAUAAAUCCGGCCUCUUGCUCUUCGUGUAA